GAGAAGGCGGCGAGGGAGGAGCAGAUGGUGUAUUAGUACGUUAGGUUUAUUUUUCUUGAAGCAUUUGAGAUUUUGUACUGCUAUACAGAAGAUGAUUGAAAUUAUCAUCAUAAAGGUGGAGGAUUCAGGCUAUUUCUGGGGGAGAAUAAAAAAGGGAUUCAGUGAUGUGGCUGAAAAUGAAAAUCAAUAUGAAAGAUUGGAGGAAAAGAUGAACCAGCUAUAUCAGCAGAACAGUGAGGAGCUAGAAGAAAUUAAACUUCCUGUUCUGGAACAAGGCCAGAUCUGUGUUAUUUAUUGCCAUGAACUCCAUUGCUGGUGCAGGGCAGUACUGGAAUCAAUUAUAUCAAGUGGAAUCAAUUACCUUGCAAAGUGUUUCCUAGUUGACUAUGCCAAGCACAUUUUGGUGAAAGCAAAAGAUGUUCGAAGGGCAGUUGAUACUUUUUGGAAGUUACCAUAUCGAGCAAAAAAGUUCACAUUAUUUGGUAUACAGCCAGUUACAUUGAAUAUUAAUAUUUGUGAGGAGAAAGCAAUAAUUGGUCCAGCAGGAAGAUGGGAUAGGGCUGCAAUACAGUAUUUCCAAAAAAUGGCUCAAGAAUCUCAGAUUGCUGAGGCAAAAUUAAAAGGUAUUGCUGGGGAUACUAUUGCAGUUCAACUAUAUCUCACUUUGAAAGAUGGAAAGGUGUGUAUGAAUGAUGAAUUAGUUGCAAAAAUGUUUGCACGCUACAUUUCGCCAAAGAAUCAAAACCUUGUAAAAAGCCCAAAUUCAUCAACAUUGUGCAUGAAGAAUGAAUCACCAGUUAAGAAAACAGUUGUUCAUAAAGCUUUAGCCCUUUGGUCUGAAAUUUUAGAAAUGUCGACAAUAACAGAACAAAACCAAGGUUUUUCAGACCAGGAAUCAGUUGUCCAGUGUUUAAAAGACGAAGAUAAAAAUGCAUUCUCCAAAUAUGUCAGCAAGACACCCUCAUCAUUACAUAGGAGAAAUUCAGUAGAACCGCUCCAAUCAAUUUUUCUCUCAAAAAUGCAGUCAGAUGAAAAUUCAAGGAUUGACCUCCGUAAUGACAGGUAUAAAAGCCGGAUCCCAUCCACAUCAAUUCAGAGGAGCGAUGAAAAGUCAGCAUCUACAAGACUUUUGCAGUUUCUGAACCCAGAUCCAUUGAACACAGAAGCUGUACUUCAUCCACAACAGCCAACCUUGACAAAUGCUUUUGACCAAAGCAAUGGACUCCUGGUGCAUUCUGUUAUCAAACUGACCCCAUGUACUAGAAUGGAAAUGGCACCAAUUUCUCUGGAUUUAAAAAAGGAACUGAGCAAGAAAAAGAUUGAUCUUGAUAUCGUCCAAGCUUACUGCUGGCCAGCCAUAGGCCGUGGUUGUGAUUUAGUUGCAGUAUCACAGAAAGGAGAUAAUCCUCUUUUGUACCUCCCUCCAUUGUUGACACUUCUACAGUUGCCAUCCGUGUACAGUUUCCAACCCAAGCGAAAUUUGCCAGUAGCAAUAAUUGUGUGCCCCGGACAACAGAAAGCCCAUUUUGUAUGCCAGGAAUUAAUUGAUUUGACGCAGUUUUCACGACCACUUAAUCUGUCAUUGCUUUUGGUUGGACAAGAUCCAGAAGAGAGUAAGAAAAUCAAACUUGCCAAAGGAUGUAAUGUAGUUGUUACUACUCCAUACAGUCUUGUACGGAUCCUCAAACAGCACUGCCUAUUUUUCACCAGACUCAGCCAUUUGAUUUUGGAUGGAGUUGAUGUGCUAUUCAAUGAAGCAAUAGAUGAAAUGUCUACUAUCUUACAAAAUUUCAAGGAGGCCACUAAGAUUCCAGAAAGAUGGUCAACUCCACAACAGCUCAUUGCUGUUGGAAAGCAUUGGACAAAAGAAAUGGAAAUUUUGAUAAAAGAAAAUCGAAGUGAUCCUUAUGUUGUUAUAACAGUCAUGGAAGAAGCUGCACUUUAUGGAAAAGUGCAUCAGAUAGUGCAGCUUUGUCUGGACGAUGAGAAAACGUCAUUGUUGUUGACCAUGUUGGACUUCACCUCUGAGAUUUUACAAAAGACUUUGAUUUUUGCUAAUUGUGCCGAGGAAGUUAAUCAUGUGUUUAAAGCUUUGGACAGCAAUUCAAAUUUUUGCAUAAAAGUCCAUGAAGGAAUGAAUUUGCACUUAAGUCAAGUAUUAGAACAGUGGAAUAAUAAAUUCAGCCCUGGCACACAUGUCAUAUUAGUUACAACAGAUGAGUGCCUCCCAGUGCUGGGAAUUACAGAUGCCACCUGUGUAAUCCAUUAUGGUUUUCCUCCAACUCUCAAAAUAUUUGGAGCUCGUCUGUGUUGUAUGGUUGACAACUUUAAUAAUCUGAUUGUAAAGGAAUCAACUCCUCAAAGUCAGUCGAUCAUACUAAUGACUGACAAAAAUGUACCUCAGAUGACCUCCUUGCUGCAGUACCUGGAAAGAACAGAAGCUAACAUCCCUGCUGAACUGUAUAAGUUCAUUUCUGACUUGAAUGACGAAGAUGACAUUUGCAGUGAUAAAUAUUUAUGUAAAUACCUUAAAGCCUAUGGAAUUUGCAGGGACAUUAAAACUUGUGAAAGUCGUCAUAAAAUUCACCCAACUGUGGACAAACCACGAUGUAUUUUAGAUGAAAAGAGGUUGCCUUCUAGUGGAUAUGUUGAGAUAAUUCCAACAUAUGUCAGUAAUGCCUCCUGUUAUUAUGGUCGAAUAAUCCAUAAAAGAAAAAAAUGGGGGGAUUCUCCGACUUCUGUGGAAGACAGCUAUCUAAGACUUCUGAAAGACAUGGCUGAAUACUACAUGGAAGAAAAUCACAGGAAACCGGUGGAGCAAUUAAAAGUGCUUUCCCUGUAUGCACUCAAGGAAAAAAAAUACUACAGGGUGCAAUUAAUAGGAUUACCACAGAAAGAUGGAAGUCCAGUUCUUAGUAGUGCAGAAGUGAAAUACAUCGACAGUGGUCAAGUUGGACAUGUAAUGCAAAAGAAUCUUUUUGAGCUCCCUACCAAGUUCCAAGUUCUACCACCACAGAUUGUUGAAUUUAUUGUAUGCAAUGUGAAACCUAUUGACCAUGAAAAAGAUUGGAAUCCACAGGUAUCGAGAUUUAUUCAGCAAAAGAUCAUCAAUAAACCCCAUGAAGCUAAAAUUGCCCUUGCUCUUGGUAAUACUUUAUGGCUAAACCCUGUGGUACGUCUGACUAAAUUGCCUGAUUUGAAAACCACAAUAUUUGUCUAUAACAUUCGCUCAGAAAUCAUGAAUUCUGGUUAUGGAACUGAUAAUCUGGAGCACAUUGAAAGACUAAAAGACCUCUGCAGGGCAGCUGGAUUUACAGAACCAGAUAAGGAUUCUUCCCAGAAGAAACUCUCUACUUUGGAGGAUGAAAUUAACCAAAAAGCUAUAGAAAAACAAGAUCAUAUUCCAAGCAGUUACAUUCCAGUUGUUGGUGACCUUUGCUUGGCACUCUGUACAACAAACAGGUGGUGUAGAGUGAGAAUUUUAUCAGUGGACUCUUCAAACAAGAACUGCCAUGUAUUAUUUGUGGAUUUUGGGACAUACAGAAGGAUUUCUUCGGACAGAAUUCAACCUUUAAUGACAGACGUUCCUGCACUUCCUUUUCAGGUAGCCACAAAACGAAGAAACACCAUAGAACCCGUUCAAAGAAAACAUCAAAUGCCCAACCCGCAAGAAAAGGAACAAAUCAUGCAAACGGCUACGUGCUGUUCACUACUUGGCAUAAACGCUGUGGGAAAAAACUGGAAUUCAGAGAUUAAGGAGUUAAUAUGGACUAGUUUUCAGGGCAAGGAACUCCAAGUUAAAGUUAUUGAACAGAAUAGAAAUGAAUCAACAUCUUCAUUAAGAACCGCAGUUGUGGAAGAACUCAAAAACUUGAUAGUGCAAUAUCCUGCUGAGGGUGUACCAGAAUCAGAUUACUUACGCUGUCUCUGGAGAUUGCUAAGAUUUUUAUCUACUCCAAAAGAACAAGCUGAUCUAAUGGUUGCAAUGACUCAUUUGGCAAAGAUGCAAGUAAGGGUUUAUGAAGAAGUUGAAAAUCAACAGACUGUCAGCCUCCUUUGUGAAAAGGUUCAGCAGUCUUCAGUGAAUGAGGUUUUGGAAAAAAACUUGGAAGUUGUGUGUCAUCCCAGUGGGAGAUCGGAGAGUAUGAAUUUAAUGUUAGCAAAUGGAAUUGAGUCAACAAUCAGCGGGCUGUUAUCAAGCACGUCCAAUGAAAGUGUUUUAUAUGAAGUUGUAAAUAAAAUGAAGUUUUCACUGAUGAGUUCACAAAAUCUUCAUCUGCAAGAUGAUUCAGUCUUCUCUGAAGGAAAUGAUGAUAUUAAAGAUAUUCCCAGAGAGCAAUCAAGUCGUUCAACAACAGAUUAUAAAAGUUUUCACCCUGAAAUAAAGUGGCAUCAAACAGAUGAUCAUCUUGUGCUAAAUAUAAAAUUGCAAAAUGUUGCACAAUAUUCAUGCAGAUUUGAUCAGUGCAGAGUAAUAUUCAGUGCCUCUGUUGAUGCCAAAUUGUACUUGGCAGAUAUGGAACUUCAAGGCAGUAUUUUAAAAGACAAGUGCUUAUGUAUCAUAAAAAAUGAAGAACCUGUCAUUACGCUGUUUAAAGAGGAGAGAGGUGUGUGGAGCAGUUUGCUGAAAAUUAAGAAUCCAAAUGUUACUUUUGAUUUCAACUAUUUUGUGGAGUCGACAGAUGACGUAUCUCUUCCAAUUUACAAUGAUAUAAGAAGAAAAGAGCAUCAGCUAGUGCUAGAACCCAUGGUCGAUGAAUGGAAUAAUUUUACUUAUGUUUCUGACAGUUCAGAGGAAGAUUACUGAUGAUGCUGGUAUAGUAAGGUCUUGCAUUAAAUGUUCUCUGGGUUAUGCAUUCACCACCGAGUUGGCAAGCAGGCCACUUAAGAAUAGAUUUAAUGUUAGAUAAGUAAAUAUCAUCUUUGAACAACCAAAAUAAAAUAAUGUUUCUCCGCAUUAGUGGAUCAUUGUUUAUCUGAAACAAGGUACUCUGAACUGCCUGUAGACUAGAUUUGUGAUCUGGACCACAGCUGUUCUUGCAGUUUGUGUUUUAAGACUGAAUGGAAUAUGUGUACAUUGCUGGAGCUUGUUUUUAAGCAUCUUGCAUCAUUGCUGAGAAUGCCCAACAGAUUACUUGGAUUAUUCCAAGAGAAGCAACAUCAAAUCUUGUCAUUAUCAUUUUCCCCAUCCAUUCUAUUUGCAAACUGAAAACUCUUUAUCAUAGCUUUGUAGAAAUUGCUCCAGAAAUCCAGAAGUGUGGUAGGCACAUAGAGAACACACAUUUUGGAAUAUCAGAUUACCACACAUUUUGCCAAAUGCGUUCUGUAUUAAUUGAGCCAUCAUAAAUAGAUAUCCUCCACCUCAAACUGAAAAAAACUCCUUGGUACAUUUCUAGUAAACCAUGCAUAUUUUGGAUGAGCCAAGAUUGUGAAUCAUAAGAAAACUCAUGUUAACUUAUUUCACUUAAAGAUGGCACCUGAUAUUGUUUGGAAAUUUAAAUAUUUGGCACAUUACAGUUAAAUAUGUGAUGUAUAAUAUUGUAGUUUGAUUAAUAUUAAUCAUUUUUAUAAGUGAGAUUUCUCCAUGAGCUGCCAUCUAUGUUUUGUACAUAAUUAAAUGCAUAAUCCUUAAAUCCCCAAGUGGCAUAGAAGGAAAAAGUAGGCACAUGGAUAACAGAAAAAUGGAGGGCUAUGUGGAAGGAAAGGGUUAGAUUAGAGUAGGUUAAACAAUUGGCACAAAUUCGUGACCCAAAGGGUCUGUACUGUACAGUAAUGUUCUGUGUUCUGUACUCUGCCUUCUAGUUUGACCUUCCAGAGUAUCACUUAACACUUUGCUAGGCUGAACUCUAUCCACCACUUCUCAGCAUCCUACCGAUAUCCCAUUGUAACCUACAACAGUCCUCUGCACUAUCCACAACACUGCCAACCUUCAUCUGCAAAUUUGGUAACUCUUCCAUUUCCUCAAACAUCAUUUAGAAAAAUCACAAAGAGUCAGGGUCCCAGAACAGAUCUCUACAGAACCCUACUAAUCAGGGUCCCAGAACAGAUCUCUGCAGAACACCACUAGUCACCAAUCUCCAGGUAGAAUACGUACCAUCUACCACCUUCUGCCUUGUGUAGCCAAGCAAAUUCUGAAUCCAUGCAGCCAAGUUUCCCUGGAACCCAUGCCUCAUGACUUCCUCUGAGUAUACAAUGGGGAACCUUAUCAAACACCAUACUAAAAUCCAUCUACUACUCUACCUUCAGCAAUUUGUUUUGACACUUCCUCAAAGAAUUCACUCGGGUUUGUGAGGCACAGCCUACCCCUCACAAAGCCAUGCUGACUAUCCCUAAUCAGACUAUGCUUCGCCAAAUACUUGUAAAUCCUGUUUCUCAGGACCCUUUCCAAUAGUUUGCCCACCACGUAUGUAAGAUUCAUUGGUCUAAUUCCCAGGAAUAAGGAAUAACAUUUGCCACUCUCCAAGCUUCUGGUACCACUCCUGUGGCCAGUGAGGACACAAAGGUCAUUGCCAAAGGUUUAAUAAUCUCUUCCCUAGUUUCCUGAAAUAAUCUGGCAUUUGUCCCUCCAGCCCCAGGGACUUAGUGUACCUAUUCUAAUGAUUAUAAAAGGUUCCAGCACAUUCUCUUUCUUACCAGUAACAUGUUCUAGCAUAAUAGCCUGUCUUCACAUUCAUCAAAGUCCCUUUCACGAGAUGAAUGCUGAUACAAAGUAUUCAUUAAGGACCUUCCCUACCUUCUCUGACUCCAGAUAUGUGUUUCCUCUUUCAUUUCUAAUUGGUCCUACCCUUACUGUAGCCAUCCUCCUGAUGUGCAUAAUCAUGUAGAAUGCCUUGGGAUUUCCCUUAAUCCUCCUUGCCAAGGCCUUCUCACAUUCCCUUCUAGCUCUCCUAAGUACCUACUUAAGCUCCUUCCUGGUUACCUUACCCAGAGCCCUGUCUGAUCCUUCCUUCUUAGCUUUUAUAUUUUUCCUACUUUUUAUUUUCCUAUUCCUCCUCUGUGAUAUUCAGCGAUUCUCUUAAAUGGAUCUUGUUGAUGUUCUUAUAUUUCCACCUAUUUUUCUAUUUAUUACUAAAUACAUUUUAUAAUCACUUUUGUAAAAUAGCUUGCUUAAGACUAUGACUGGAAGAAAAAGUAUAUUUGCACCCUCCGAAGCUAAUUAGUGCCAACCUACUCUUGAUCUGCAUGUGCCCAGUAGGGACCAUGGAUUUAAAUGAAACAAACCUUUGCUGCACAUAAUUUUUGGUCAAGCACAUUUUUGUUUUAUUCCUUUCAGGAUGUGAGCAGUAUUGCCAAGGGGUCAGAAUUUAUUGAUGUUUGUGAGCUGCUGCUUUGAAACAGCAAUGCAAUUCUUCUGGUGGAAGAAGGAGCUGCUCAUUUUGUACAAAAAACAAUGAAAGAAUGCCAGUAUAUUUCCAAGCCUGAAUGGUGUGCAUCUUAAAAGUGCAAAAGGGAGGUGGUGUGCUUAAUUUUACCUUAAGCCCAUGUCUGCAGUGACAAUUUAAUGAGCUGAAGCGAUAGAGUUGGAGUAGCUUGGGCGAGUAUUGUGGUGUGCUUUAGAAGUUACAUGUGCAGCCAGUGUGCAUUGGUACUCGAAGGAAUGACAGCUUAUUCUUUGACAACCAGUUAAGAGAGUGUUUUGUCCUGGAUGGUAAUUAGUAUUUUAAGUAUUGUUGGAUCUUUGUAAAUGGAGAGUAUGCCAUCAGACUUCACCAUCAGUUAGAUGUUGUAAUGGUUAUGAAGAAUUAGAAUGUGACAUUAACAAAAUGUUAAUGCCAAGGCUGUGAAGUGUGAUUAUUCAGUCAAAUCUGUCAAAAUUAGAGACAUUUUCCCGUUGAUUUUUGUGGCUAUUCCUCCAUUCAAUGGCAAUUUUUUAAAAUUGUCUUUUUUUUUUAAAGUACUAUAUUUGAUUCUUCCAGAAAUUAGUUAGGGCCAUUAAUUGUACUGGAAUGUAAAUAUUUGGAAAAGAUUGAUUCUUUGUGAUAACUUCAUUUAUUGAGCCAGAUCUGUGACAGUUAUGAAAGGAUUUUCACAUUUCAAGCUUUCCUUUUAUGAAAAGAAUUGCAGCAGAUCAGUACAUUAACUCCACUUGGAUGCCUUAAUGUUUUUCUUGACCUUUUCAAUUGACCUAUGCUCAACAAUUUAAGAGGAUAUUUCACAUUUCUGAAGAACCAGUUUAUAACUUUUAAGUUUAAUUUUACUUCUCAACAAAGGGAAUAGUUCCAGGAUUUCAUAGACCAGCUUUUUAUUCCUAGUAUCCAAUUUGUAAAUGUAUUCAAUCUUAAAUAUUGUCCUGCUUUCUUUCCAGCAUUUAAACCUGCAAGUAGUAGUAUAUGGUUAUGUUUACAAAAAUAUCCUUGAUAGCUCUAAACCAAAUUUACGACACAAAUAUUCCUUCUUAGCCCCAAUGGUCUGUGCUGAGUUUAUGCUCUGCAGGAUUUCUCACACUUAAUCUAUUCAUACAAUACUCCUAGCGAUAGCAAACUCUGUUCUGUAUUGCUGUACUUUGUUCCCAUUUCCCAUUAUGAACACUAUGAAAAAUCUUAAAUUUCCUGCAGCAUACUUUGCAGUACAUUUACAUAUUAUGAUUAUUGCAACAGCUUGUAUUUGUACGUGGACAAGAAGGAGAAUGUUAUGUAUAUGAUCCUUGAGAGUGCCUGCUGUUCAGUCAGAAUAUAACUUGCCUGAUUUUUACCUUUUGUUUUCUCUGUAAUCUAGAAAGCAACUAUCUUAGCCUUCAUUGGCACAGACUCCACUACUUGCUGAUAAAACCAAGGAACCUGAAUCCUUUGGAAAAGAAAUUCCACUUAAUCUGUUUGAUCACUCCUUGUAAAAUAAUUCUUAUCUUGGGGUUCAACCU